AAUCGCCCAGCUACGAGCGGCGCCGGGGGGGAAUCCAUCUCCGCGGAUCAAUGGAGGCAGAAGGAGUGGGAGGAGAAAGCAGCAAGCUGCGAAUACUAGUGGCCACUGAUUGCCAUCUCGGUUACCUCGAGAAGGAUGAGCUGCGCCGGUCCGAUUCAUUCGACACCUUUGAGGAGAUCCUCUCAUUGGCAAAGCAACACAAGGUGGAUUUCCUGCUUCUUGGUGGCAAUCUGUUCCACGAGAGCAAGCCAUCACGCUUGACGAUGGUGAAGACGAUGGAGAUCCUGAGGCAGCGCUGCUUCGAUGACCGACCGGUCCGGUUCCAGGUAGUCAGUGAUCAGGCAGCUAGCCUGCACAGCAGGUUUCGUCGAGUGAAUUUCGAAGACCCAAACCUUAAAGUCGGCUUGCCUGUGUUCACCAUCCAUGGCGACCAUGAUGAGCCUAUAGGAGUGGAUAAUGUGUCCCCCAUUGAUAUCCUCUCCGCUUCCGGUCUUGUAAAUUAUUUUGGAAAGGUGGACCUUGGCAGUUCUGGCACUGGCCAAAUAUCGCUUCAUCCUGUACUUAUCAAGAAGGGUGCCACCUCGGUCGCGCUAUACGGUCUCGGGAACGUCAGGGAUGCGAGACUGAGCAGGAUGUUUCAGACACCAGAUGCAGUACGGUGGAUGCAACCUGAAGAUCUUGAGGAUAUGCCACUGUCUGAAUGGUUCAACAUUUUUGUCCUUCACCAGAACAGGACAAAGGCCAGCCCCGACAAUGGCAUCAACGAACGUCUCUUGCCGUGUUUUCUAGACUUGGUGAUAUGGGGCCAUGAGCAUGAAUGCCUUGUUGAUCCCGAGGAGGUUCCUGGAAUGGGUUUUCACAUCACACAGCCAGGAUCUUCAGUUGCCACAUCGCUGACCAGUGCUGAAGCAAAACAAAAGCAUGUGCUUUUGUUGGAAAUAAAGGGAAUGAAAUACAGGCCAGCUAAAAUACCUCUGAAGACAGUUAGACCGUUUGAAUAUGCCAAGGUUGUAUUAGAGGACCAAGCAGAUGUCAACCUCUACGACGAAGCAUCUGUUCUCGCACAUUUGGAUAAAGUUGUGGGCAAUCUUAUUGAGAAAAAUAACAGAACAACAGGUGAUGGAUCAGCACCCAAACUUCCACUUGUUAGGAUAAAGGUGGACUACUCUGGAUUUUCGACAAUAAACCCUCAGCAGUUUGGUCAGAAGUACGUUGGGAAGGUUGCCAACCCACAAGACAUUAUUGUUUUCUCAAGAUCAGCAAAAAGGCAUCAAAACACACGAGACAACACUGACGGUUCUGAAGAUCUUUAUCCAAAUGGGCUUGAUCCUCACAUGGUUGAAGCUCAGCUUGCAGAAAGUAACUUGAAAAUGCAGAUUCUUUCUCCGUGUGACCUGAACACUGCCCUGCAUGUUUUUGUCAACAAGGAUGACGGUAAGGCAUUUCACUCCUGCCUGCAGAAAAAUGUCGAAGAGGCGAAAAACAAGUUGACUGCCGGCGCUGUAGAUUUCAAAAUCGAAGACGAAGAGGAAAUGUUACAUGAACUGGGUCAGUGCAUGCAGGCAGCAGCAGCAGGAGCGACCGAGACGGCAGAAGAGAGUUCCCAGAACCUGAUCGCGGUUGCAGCCAGCACGGGGGCGCCGCCGCUCAGCGCGUUCGAGGAGCUGAAAUGCUCCUCCUCGGAUCAGGACCGAGACGCCCACGGCGAAUCGGAUGAACUUGUCGAGGCUAUAUCGGACGACGGGGAAAUUGGAGAUCGCCGUCGGCUGGCAAGCGGGAAGCGGCCGGCGGGUGCUAGUUGGGGUGCGUCGCCGGCGGCUUCCAGCAGCUGGAGGAGGAAGACGGACCUGCAGGCUUCAUUCCGUCGGAUCCCUCCGGCGGCGGCGAAGGAGGAUGAAGAAGAAGACGGCGGGGCCAAGAAAUCAGGCCGGCCUGAUCCUCAUGUCCCCUGGAGGUAUGGAGCUGUGAGGAAGAGAUCAUAAGAAUGAGAUGAGACAAAGAGGGUGCCCGGAAUUCAUGGAUGCAAAGCUUAUCAAUCAAGGCUGCGAUUCUGCUGGGACACAUUUAAUUUGCUGUUUGCUCUAGAUCGAUUGUGGAUUUAUGUAUGCUUGAUGGCCUACAUGCCUCGUUCUUGAAACCUUUAUUUGUGGACUAAUUUCCAGUAUUUGCUACUUUUCAUUCGUGCACCUUUCGGAAAGUCUGUUCUUCAUUUUUACCGCUGACUCUCAGAGACCGGGAUAUCCCAAAACGGUAGUCUUAAAAAAAUUUACAGAACAGAUGUUUAUGUUGGACACUUGUCUCAAAUGCG